CCUAAGGCACGGGUGUCAAACUGGCAUCCCUCCAGCUGUUGCCAAACUACAAGUCCCAUGAGGCAUUGCAAGAUUGACAGCUACAAGCAUGACUCCCAAAAGUAGAGGCAUGAUGGGACUUGUAGUUUUGCAACAGCUGGAGGGCCACCAGUUUGACACCCCAGCCCUAAGGUCAGGGGUAGGCAACCUGUGGCUCUCUAGCUGUUGUGGAACUACAUUUCCCAUGAUGCACUGCAACAUUACAAAACUGACAGUUACAGCUAUGACUUGCAGAGCCAAUGAUGGAAUUUGUAGUUCUGCAACAGCUGGAGAGCCACAGGUUGCCUACCCCUGGGCUAGACCAGGGGUGUCAAACUAGCGGCCCUCCAGCUGUGGUGAAACUACAAGUCCCAUCAUGCCUCUGC